AUGAAAGUUUUCUUCGCAUUUCUCUUUGUUAUAGUUAUCAUCGCCCGAUCUGUGUGGGGUAUUCGUCUAGACACUAAUUUUCAAACUAAUACUCUUAAGCAGUAUAACAUUUCGAUCAAUGACGUUGGACUUUGGGCUCUUGGAUUUGAAUGUGAGAUAGAAGGUGGCGAAAGAGUAUCUCGGUUAAUCAAUCCUGGAGAUGAAUCUCUUUUUGAGUUUCAUGCCAACGAUGGUGAUGCUACAUUUGUUCCUUGUGAUUUCUAUUGGAGUAAAAAUGAUAGGAAUAUCCACGUCUAUGAUGAUAGCCUAAAGAAACAAUGUGGCGAUGAUUUGGUUAAUACAUGUAAGUGGAAGAUAUCAAGUGAUGGAUUUUAUGUUUACGAUAUUAGUCAAAAUCCACCACAUUUUGUGAAAAUGUAUGAUUGGUGA